AUGGCCAGCAGCACUGCGCCACCCGCACCUUUCAGCCAGGCUGCAGAGGACUGGGAAUCUUACAUCGAUAGAUUCCUCAUGUUCCUAGAAAGCAGCAACCUAAAGGAUGCGAAUGGACAGAAAAAAAGGGCCAUGUUCCUGACCCACUGUGGGCCCGCAGUGUUCAAGAUGGCGAAAGCCCUCGCCAAGCCCCUCGAUGUAAAGGCGAUGGACUGGGCCGACCUCGAGCCACUACUACGAAGCCACUAUGCGCCUGCCGUACCAACCCUCAUCCGCCGGCACGAUUUCUACCGGAGGGAUCAGAAGGAGGGUGAGAGCAUCAGCAACUUCGUGGCUGAUCUACGGGACCUCGGGGGCAUGUGCGGCUUCACCGACAUGGAUGAAGCCCUGCGAGACCGUGUCGUCCUUGGGCUCAAGGACCCCAUCCUGCAAAGCCGGCUAAUGGCGAAGGGCGACAUAUCCCUUACUGACGCUCUCGCCGAGGCAACCGCAGUGGAGGCGACCAGGAAAUCGGCGCCCCAGAUGCGGCAAACGAGCACAGCGGACCGGCCCGUGACAACCGAGGCGGCCCCGGCCCCUGAGAAGCACGCCGAAGCCAGCCACCAAGCAACCACCACCACACAUCAUGGCGAUCUCGACUCCCUCACUGACACCGAGGACGAAGAGGAAGACAUCCACCAGCUCCAGGCGGAACGAGACCAGCGCGAGCGGCGAGGUCGUAAGUCGGGGUUCCAGUGCGCCGGGUGUGGGGGUGACCAUCCACGGUCGGAAUGCCGGUUCUUCGACGCAAUCUGCCAGCACUGCGACAAGCAGGGCCACAUCGCCAAGGUACACGUGGAGGUGGGCAUUGAAGACCGACCAUGCAAAAUGGAAGUGGGUUCCGGAUCCUACCUCUCCAUGGUCGCUUGGCGGGAAAUCAAGCGCCUGGUGCCCACCAUCCAUAGGCACGAACUGGAAAGCCAGAAGCUCAUCCUCAAAGACUACCAGGGGAAUCGCAUCCCCGUGGUCGGAAUUGGACACUUUAAAAUCACGUUCAAAGGGCGCACCGAAAUACUUCCCCUAACCAUCGUGGACAAGGACCACCCUAGCCUUUUGGGACUACAAUGGUUUGCACCAUUGGGAAUAGAGGUGACGGGCACCAACCACAUCACCGAGGCGGACUGGGAGGAGCAGCUCGCAAAAGAUUUCCAAGAGGUCUUCGACGGCAGCCUAGGCAAGUACCGAGGGGCCCCAAUAUCCUUCAACCUAGACCCUAACAUUGCCCCAAUCCACCUUAAACCCCGGCGAGUACCCUUCGCACUCAAACCUAAGAUUGAUGAGCAGUUAAACAAACUCAUCGAGCAAGGGGUACUCGAGCCAACAGACCAUGCCAGGUGGGAGACCCCCAUAGUCACCCCAGUAAAGCCAGAUGGGUCGGUGAGAAUCUGUGGGGACUACAAGGCCACCCUCAAUCGCGCCCUACAGCAAAGCGCUUACCCCGUCCCAAUAGUACAGCACCUUCUGCACUCACUGGGGGGAGGCAAGGUUUUCGUGAAACUCGACCUGGCACAGGCGUACCAGCAAUUGCUGGUUGACGCGGAAACCGCAGAGGCGCAAACCAUAGUCACCCACCGCAGGGCCUUCCGCUUCAAGAGGCUCCAGUUUGGAGUCAGCGUAGCCCCAGGGGUCUUCCAGAGCCUAAUGAAGAGGCUACUCCAAGGUAUCAAAGGGGUAGUGCCCUAUUUUGACGACGUGCUGGUGUCAGCGGCCAACCAAAAACAACUGGAGAGCCACCUGAGGGAGGUGCUUCAAAAAUUCAAAGACUCGGGUUUAAAAGUCAAGAAAGAGAAAUGCCAGCUGUGCAUCGAGAGAGUCGAAUUCCUAGGGUACCUCCUAGACCAGCACGGGAUCCACCCAACGGGGAAAAAAAUCAGGGCCAUCAAGGAAACCCCUAGACCGAGGAAUAGAACCGAGCUGCAGGCACAGCCACCUGGAACUGGGGAAGGCAAGAGGAAAUUCAACCGAACAAAAGACCUACUCACAUUGGACGCUGUUCUCAUGCAAUACAGCAAGACCCUACCGCUAUCAGUAACAUGCGAUGCAUCCCCCUUCGGCGUCGGGGCCAUCCUCAGCCACACUCUUCCUGAUGGAAAAGAGGCGCCCAUUGCCUUCUUUUCAAGAACCCUCUCAAAACCGGAAAGGAAUUACAGCCAGCUGGAUAAGGAGGCCCUGGCAAUCGUCGCCGCCGUAAAGAAGUUCCACGAGUACCUCUACGGCAGAACCUUCACCAUCAUCACCGAUCACAAACCGCUGCUCGGGAUUCUGGCAGGGGACAGGGCCACCCCGAACAUUCUAUCCCCUAGAAUGACAAGAAGGUCCGAAUUCCUUGCCGCCUACAAUUACCGGCUAACCCAUCGGCCCGGUAAGACAAUCUCACAUGCAGAUGCCUUGAGGUGGCCGGAAAAAGAUGAUGAUGAACAAGUCAGGACCUUCCAGAGCCGGCAAACAGAACUCUUUACACAAAAAGGAUGUUUACUAUGGGGGGACAGGGUGGUUAUCCCAGAGAAAUUACAGAAAAGGGUUUUGGACAUGUUACACGAAGGGCACCCGGGCAUCGUUAUAACAAAAGCCCUGGCCAGAAGUUACGCUUGGUGGCCAGGGAUGGACAAGGAAAUCGAAGCCUGGGUGGCAUUGUGCAGGCAAUGCCAAGAAUCCAGGCUGAGCCCUCCCGCUGCCCCAAUCCUGGAAUGGGAAACCCCCAGAGGGCCAUGGUCCAGGAUUCACAUAGACUUCGCCGGGCCCACAAAGGGACACACGUUCCUGAUAACGGCAGACGCUUACUCCAACUGGCUGGAGGUAAGCAACAUGAGAACGACUACCACAGAGGCCGUUAUCAAAGAACUCAACAAACUAUUCUCAACCCACGGCCUCCCAGAUGUAAUUGUAUCUGACAACGGGCCCCAAUUUACUGCGCUACCGUUCGAAAAAUUCCUAGCGGAACAGGGAAUACGGCAUGCGCUGACAGCGCCAGCACAUCCGGCGGCGAAUGGGAGGGCGGAA